AUGCCUUGUCGGCAUUUAAAGGAGAAGGAAGACUGCCUGUACCUCAAUAUCUUUGUGCCUUUAGACGUCAACUUCACAGCCCCUGUAUCAAAGUCCCUCCCAGUGAUGGUCUGGAUUCACGGGGGGGAUUUUAUAGCUGGCAGUGCCUCCAAAGCUUUAUAUGAUGGGAGAUUUAUCGCCAGUUCAACCCACACGGUGGUGGUCAGCAUAGCAUAUCGCUUAGGAGCUUUUGGAUUCCUUGUCACAGGGACAGAUCCUAAAACAUCUUCCCUAGGAAACUAUGGUUUUUUGGACCAACAAACUGCACUUCUUUGGGUUCAGCAAAAUAUUGCUGUGUUUGGAGGAGAUCCAAACAAGGUGACAAUAUUUGGGGAAAGCGCUGGGGCACAGUCCGUGAGUCUCCAUUUAAUGGUACAAAGCAGCAAACCCUUAUUUAAACAAGCUGUCCUUCAGAGUCUGCCCUUCUCCAUUCCACUGAAGACAAAACAUGAUGCAGUAAAGCUAGGAAAAGAUUUUGCUGAAAUCGCAAAUUGCUCAGUCAAUGACAUGGAUUGCCUGCUGUCUCUUACCCCUGAAGCUGUCCUUGCUGCACAGAUAAAAGCAGGUUCUAAAAUUAUAAAUCCAUUUCGGUUCCUAGAGAUGUUUGAGACCUGGGGACCAUUCAUUGAUGGAGAGUUAAUCAAAGAGCAAGCAGUGACUGCUUUUCUUAAGGGCCAUUGGCAGAAAGAAAAGCCCAUUCUUCUAGGCACAACGUCCGAAGAAGGAGUUAUAUUCGUGUACAGUGUCUUCACCAAACCUGUUUCACUGCUUGAAUGUACAGUUUACACCGCUGCCAUUUUCAAACAACAUGCUCUAAGAAUUCUGCACAAAUACUUGCCUUUCUAUCCUGAUGCAGACCAUCGGAAACUGAUGUCACAGACAGUUACCGACUAUGUGUUUCUGUGUCCUUCGCGCAAGGCCGCUCGUACAGGAAUGAAGGAGGGCAGCACAGUGUGGAUGUACGUCUUUGAUCAUGUGAUCUCUGACCACAGAGUAUGGGAUGGCCUUGAGUUCUGCUACCAUCAUGCCUGCCAUGGUGCUGAGCUGCCUUUCAUGUUUAACUCUGUAAGUCUCAGGAACUUCACCUUCACAGCACAGGAGCAGGUGCUAGCCAAUCAGAUGGUCUGUUACUGGGGCACAUUUGCUCACACUGGUGAUCCCAAUGCACAUGUGGAACAGACCCAGUUUUGUAAAAAACAGAUGCCACCUGCUUGGCCGAUGUACACAAACACAAGUGGUUGGCUAAAUAUGAACUUUACGCUGGGGUCACAUUCCCAGCAUGGUUCAAGAGAUGAGUUCUGUGAUUUUUGGGAUAAGCUUGGUAUUUACUAAGAAAAAGAUAUCAAAUACAAGCCAAAAUUUGUAGCUUCAGUUACUAUAAAAUGUAGUCUUUCCUACAUUUCUUUUAUCUAAUCGAACACCCUACUGUAUAUAGUUAUGCAUAAUUCUAAUGAAAUAAUAAAAUAAACAUUCAGUUCCUUCAGACAGAAUACUUGAAAACAGUAAAAGGAACAAAGUUCUGACUUGCAAUUGUCACAUACACGUCAUCAGUAAAAUUAAAUAUUGUAUCUGCUGUAUUAUGUAUCAAUAAGUUCAGACAGUAUUCAUGUCUAAUUUGGCUUUUUUUUUUGCUUAUAACAAAUCAAAUCAAAGCUUAAGAGAAACAUGGAUAAUUCUUAUAAGUUUGAAUACCUGCAGUGUAUCGGUGUAAUACGUACCGAUCUGGAAUUAUACAUUCUUCUUACAAAAGAAGUAAAUUUUACAAUAUUGAGUUCCCAGGAAUUGCUGCAGUACCAUAUCUAUAUAGAAAACAAUGACAUUCUUAGUAAAUGCAAGAAAGCAUCAUGACAGCCCUUGGGUACAUGGUUGUUAGCAUUGGAAGCACAAACAGCACCCAACAGUGCUGAUACAUGAUACUUAAUUUAACUGGUCAGUUACAUGUUCUACCUGAAUUUUAAAAGAUGAUGAGGAGUAAAAGCUCUAUUGUGCUAUAUAGAUGAUCAUUUCCUCCACAUUUACUCAGACCUCGUAAGGAUCUGUAAUUGUGUAUUUAGAUAUAGGGGAAACAGGGUAUUUUGAUUUAUUGUACAGUAUACACAGUAUUUGUAAACUAGUAUUCUAAAACACCACAAUGUUGGGGUGCUUGUAUUUUCAUACUUUUUCCCAGGAUAGGUUAUGGGUUACUAUGAGCCUAACCGAGAAAUAGUGGCUUCUGUGAAUGAUUGUAUUCUUCAUUUUUCUUAUUGUUUUGUAAAGCUGUAUUGCAGUCUUAUUAUUAGAAUUUUAGUUUGGUGUAACAAGCCAAAACCCUAAGUAGCCAAUGGUGACAUUAAAAUAACCACUAAAUCUGCAGCUUUAUUAAUCAAUAACUUGAGUAACCAAAAACAUGAGUGAUUUGUAUUUGGCU